CCCGCUCGCCGGCGGCAGCCUCGCUUCUCUAGGCACUAGAUCCAUUCGAGUCCACCAAUCCCGCAUCUUUUUCCACAAAAUCAGUGAGUAGGGCGAGAUGAGCACGCUCUGCUGCCGUCCCCGUUCGCCGGCGGCGAAGACGCCGCUGGAAGACGACGACCUCCUCUCCGAGAUCCUCCUUCGCCUCCCGCCGCAGCCCUCCUCCCUCCCCCGCGCGUCCCUCGUCUGCAAGCGCUGGCACAGCCUCGCCUCCGACCGCGGCUUCUCCCGCCGCUUCCGCAUCCACCACCGCCGCAAACCUCCCCUCCUCGGCUUCUUCCACGGGCUGUACGCCUACUUCGAACCUACUCUGGAGGCCCCCAAUCGUGUCCCGCCUGGCCGCUUCACCUUGCCGCACGGCGACCGCUUCCGGCCCCUUGGAAGCCGCCAUGGUCUCGUACUAAUCUUCGACCUGACGGUGCUCCGUUUCCUUGUGUGUGACCCCGUCACCGGCGACCAGCACCGCAUCGCCAUUCCCCCGGGGCUUGAAGCACGUGCAGAGGAUCUAAUGAUCAACGGGGCGGUGUUUUGCAACGGCGGAGAUGCCCACUUCCAGGUGGUCUUGACAACGGCAGACAACCACGACAAACAACACAGACAAGCGCUCUCCUGUGUUUACUCGUCGGAGACCGGCUUAUGGGGCGAGCUCAUCUCAACACCGCUUCCGUGCGAGGUUCCUAGGAUUGGCUAUCUUCCCACCCUACCCACCUUGGUUUUUCCUGGUAAACCUGCUGUGGUUUCUGGGAAUUCCAUUUACUGGAUGCUUACUGGAAAUUUUGAUGGAAUUCUUGAGUUUGAUUUGGAAAAGCAAAGCCUAGCUGUGAUACGGGUGCCAGUGCAUCUGCUUGAAAUAAACGAAUUCUGGAUUGUGCGGGCAGAGGGUGGUGGCCUUGGUUUACUCUUCCUCACAGGAAGCAGCAUCCAAUUGUGGAAGAGGAAGACUGAUCAUGAUGGUGUCGCUACAUGGACGCUUGGAAGAACUAUUAAACUGCAUAAGCCACUUUCCCUGAAGUCAGCAAUAAUGCUAGGUUAUGCCGAGGAAAAUAAUGUGGUGUACCUGUGGGCACGUGGCGAUGUAUUUAUGGUCCAUCUUGAGUCAUUGCACUCCAAGAAGCUAUUUGAAACCAAAUGCCCCUCUCAUUAUCAUCCAUUUGAAAGUGUCUACACUGCAGAAACGGGCAUUGGUGAUGGACAUGAUGCAGCUGAUCUUGUGCACCAUACAUAAGAUGAUUGUCUGAUUAAAUAUGCUGUUGACCGUAAAAUUGAGCAGGUAUCUAUCUAGGAUCACAAUCCGGUGGCUGAGCUUCAGAAAUGGUGUGUGCGCCCGUGGGUUCUUCAGCCUUUGGUAUCUAUCUGGGAGUAAUGAAUUGAGUUGGGAUCUUUUUUUGGGAAUACUUCCUUUUGUAACUUACCGUCUAGUUAUCUAGUCUCUGUAGACAUUAGUCAGCUGGCAUGAAACUUAGUCAGCUGGCAUGAAACACACAGUGACUUGCUUGGAUUAGCGAAUCGUUGAUGGCCAUGUCUGUUAAUCCUUGGAUUCA